AAGACGAAAUGUGUAUUUGUUGAAAUUAUUUUACAAUUUAACAAGGUUUAAAAUGUAUCUCUCUACUGCCAAACAGGCCUCCAAAAAUAGUGUACUGUACUAUGCAAAUGGCAUUAGGUCCCCCUAUGUCAUCAAAACCAUUUGCUUUCAAACUUGAAAAUUCAUAGCUGACUAUGGUAUGAUAAUGCUACUACUUACUUUAUCUUUGAACAUAGCAAAGUGACUUUAAACAUCCAGUUUUAGAGGUAAUGUUGGGGUAUUAGGAAAUGGACAGUAUUUCAUAAGAAUAUUUAAAAGCAAAUCUGCAUUAAAAUAUACUAAUAUAGUAAUGUAGUCAAAGACGAUUUAAUAUAAACACUUACAGAAUGUGGUUCUCUAAUAUAGUGCCCUCCACUAAUAUUGGCUCCAUUGGGAAAUCAAACCAGAUUUUGAAAAUAGUCCUUAUUGUUUAUCCUUUUGAUUUUUCAAAAUAUUAUCAGAAAUGAAACUUCUAAUGUAAGUAAAACUGUUGAAAGAAAAUAUACAUUCUCAAAUGUGUCUGUAUAAGUUUUUUCACCCCUUAAUUUAAUUCUUUGUGCAAUCCUCCUUUGCCAAUAUAAAAUCUCUGAGUCUCCUAUAAUGCGAAAUGAGGUUGGAGAACACACGGCUAGGGAUCUGAUACCAUUCCUCAAAACAGAAUCUCUACAGAUCCUUCAGAUUACGAGGUCUACCCUCUUCAAUGAACCAUUUUUGUGUUGAUUUUGAGGUGUGCUUUGGAUCAUUGUCCUGCUGGAAGAUCCAAUCAUGGCCCAGUUUAAGCUUUCUAGCCAAGGCAGUCAGGUUUUGAUUGGUACCUGAUGGAUUCUACGAUACCAUGUAACCUAACAAGUUGUCCAGGGCCUUUGGAGGAACACCGCCCCACAACAUCAAAGAUUCACCGCAGUACUUCACAGUGGGAAUGAGGUACUUUUCUGCAUGGGUAUCUUUCUGUCUACACCAUAUUCUCUGGUGUUUAUUUCCAAAAAGCUUUAUUUUAGUCUCAUCUGACCUUAGAUCCCAGUCCCAUUGAAAGUUCCAGUUACGUUUGGCAAACUUUAGGUGGUUGUUUUAUGACGGCAAAUAUUUUUUUUAUGGCAACCAUCCCAAACAACUCAUGGUUAUGUAGGUGGCAUCUGACCAUCGUUUUGGUGACUACCCCAAGACCCAACUAACGUCUGCAAUUCUCCAGCUGUGAUCCUUAGAGAUUCUUUGGCCACUCGAAAAAUCCUCACUGUGAGUGGGAUCAAUAGACACCGGCCGAUUAAGAUCCCUAGUUACGCUAAAAAAUAAAAGCCCUGAUAGCGGACAUUUUAUUUUCUUUUUCUUAUAGCCAUUACCUGAUUUGUGCUAGUUUACAAAGGGUGCUAGUAUUUGUGGAGGGCACUGUAUACGUACCUUUAGCCUUAUCCGACCAUAGAACCCGAUCCCGUUGAAAGUUCCAGUAAUGUUUGGCUAACUGUAGGUUUGCGGGUGUAGGUGGGAGGGUUGGCUGCGGGAUGAGGGAUGUGAUACGUACUGGUUGGCUGGAUGGAAUUGAGGUCUGGGUCAGGUGGUGAUUGCUUCGUGUUAAAAAAAUUUAGUUUUUCUUUGGUUUCACUCUUUAGCAUUGGUUUGGUGUCGGUUUAGGUGGUGAAUGAGUGGUACUGAGAAAUCAUUCUAGUCAAUUAGUAAACAUUAUUCCACAAUACUGUGGUAUACUGUAACUAAUUAAAUAGGAUCUUUAUGGAAAAGGAAGUUUUCCAAAUGUAAGGUAUACACGAAUUACAUUUAAUGUUUUGCAUAACAUUAUCGUGAAAUUUGAGGUUGAGGUUUGGAACCUACAGACAUGCUUUAUUUUAUACACUUGCUGUAAUCAAAUCUGGACGCAUUUUGGUAUAAUCAGGGUGAAGAUGUAAAUAUGUAAGUAUGUGUUUGGAAAUACAACACUGUGCCAUAAGCUGAGCGAUAUUUUUUAAAUACCAACAUCAUGGUUCUGUGACUCAAUUUAAAUUUGGGUACAUGAAAAAACAUUCUAGCCCUGCACUUUAACAAGCUUGAGCUCAAUAAUCCCCGCGCACAUCAGAAUAUAAGUAAAUGAGUCCUUUAUAGACAUCUUCCAAGACCUAAUGGCCCGCUGUAACUCCUGUUCAGUUAUACAUGCAAUUAUCCACAAGUAAAGCAAUGUACCUAUGUACCUUGUGGAACUUUUUUGUGGUAAUGCUUCAUGAAAUCCUUGAAUUUGCUCGAACAAAUUGAUGCAGAUGUGUGAGGUAAGGUCAUUGGAAAACGGAUAGCUGUCCCAUUUUUUGGGAACCAGUAGCGCUGGUGUGGGGGGGGGGUGUUGCCCCCAGCGUCUCAUAUAGCUGCUUUACCCUCCUUUGCGUUAUCAGCCUUUCGAGCAACUGCUGGGAGAGGGACCAACAUUUUUACCCUCAAUGCUUGAAGUAUAUUUUUAACAUUUGUCUACCCGUUUUUUUCCUUACAAAAAUGAAGUACCUUCCCACCGGAUUCGUCCUAAGAAGUACCUUAUUUCCCUUGUUGCUUACCUUUCCAUUGAUGAGUGGAACGCCGUCUAGGUAUAACCAGGGAUAUAACAUGUUCCAAGGAAGGGCUUACUCUGGCUCCGAACAAAGACACAGGAAUAAAAACUGGUGUGCAUACGUUGUGCACAAAAACGUGAGCUGUGCGGUCGUGGGAGGCACGGAGACCUAUGUGCAGCCGGAGUCCAACCCGUGCCCCAUGCCUCAGUCCGACUGCGCGCAACAAGUGAGGUAUCGAACUCAAUUCCGCCCCAUCUAUAAGGUUGGUUACAAGUUGGUGACUGAGCUGGAGUGGCGAUGCUGCCCUGGCUACCAAGGCCAUGACUGCAAAGACCUGAAAGGCAUCCCAUUCCGUCCAACGGUCCUGCGGCCUGGACCCAACCUGCUGCCUGUCCCUAGUCACGUUCCAGAUACACAGGGUCCGGGACAGCAGGCAUGGGGUCAGAGUGGCCAUCCCUGGGGCACAGGGGUGUGGCCAGGAGGUCAGGCAGGACAACGGCUGGCAGCGGUCCAGGGAGGAAGUCAUACCACAGAGCAGCUAGAAGAGGAGGUCCAGCGUUUAUCUCAGCAAGUCCUAGACAUGCAGGCAGCCAUGACGAGCCUAUCUGCAAACCUGAGGGUGGACCUACAGGAGGAUGCCAGCCAGAUGCUUGUCACGUUGCUUAACAACCUGCGCCAGCCGGACAGCGCACGCGGUGAGCAGCAGAGCAUACUGCUGCAGGGCAUCUCUCUGGACAAGGAUUACAAUGCGUUGGCCACGGACGAGUUUACCAACAAGAUCAACCACCUCACUGAGACUAUUAACUCUAAGAGCCGCAUCCUGGAUGACCUUCAGGAAAAGGUCAACAACCAUGACGAGCAGCUCCGCCUGUUAAAGGAGGCAACCCAGGCCCCACCGACCCUGCCGGCCACGCCUUGUCCCCCAACCAAUGAUGAAGCCCUGCGCACCUAUGUGGAUGCAAAGUUCUAUGCCCUGAGGGACGAGAUGAUGGAGGGCAUGGAGAUCAAAAUGGCAGACCUGAAGUCCUCGUGUGACUACAAGAUCCUCUCGGCGCAGGAGCAGUCGGAGGGCCAGGAGAACAGUUACCUUAGCCUGGUCGAGCUCCUUGAAUCCAAGGAAAUGGACCUCCGCAAGGAGAUCCAAGACCUCAAGGAGCAGAUGCCUGGUGCGCGGACAGGAGAUGGAACCUCGCUAGGUGUAGAGGAGCUGCGAAAUGAGCUGUUGAGGGUCUCUAAGGACCAACUGAGCCUCCAGUCCUUCAUAGAGAAAAAGCCAGAGUCUGAACCACUCCUCCUCCAAGUGAAAGAUCUAGAGGCUCGUCUCAACAUGUCAGAGAGGAACUUGGAUGUGCACAAACAUUUCCUAGAGGAGAAAUUGAGGAGAGAUGUUUCAGAUGAGGCCGCAGACCUGAAGAUGGCCUUGGAGGGUAGAAUAAGCUCCAUGGAAGACCGGGUCAAUGCUUUAGUGGUAGAGAUAAGCAGCCCCUUACCAGGGACUCAGUCUGUGUUGAAGUCCCAGGUUGAAGUGACCUCUCACAAAACCAAUGUUCAGACUAUGGAGGACAGACUUAAUGCCCUGAACCAACUGUGCUCUACGAAGUGCAACUCUGACAAACAGUCCAUAGAAAGCCUUCAAGAAAACCUCCGGCUCUACAGAACUAACCUAGAGACAAUGCAGUCUAGCAUUGAUGGCCAAUCGGCUAGUCUUGGAGACAUGGAAGAAUUUGUCCACGGUCAACUCCUGUACCACUCCGCCAUUCUUAAAGAUGUGAGAGAAGAACUUGGAGCUCUUAAAGGACAUAUCGGAGGACAAGAGAACUCUUUGUCUGCCCUGAGUCUCUCCUUCAGCCAGCAGUCUGUGGCGUUCCAAGGGCAACUUCUAAACCACAGUGCCAGUCUUUCAAAUGUGGAAGAAAUGCUGGGAGCUGUCAGCAGCCAUAUGGGAGUGCAGCAGGGCUCUUUGACCACGCUGGGUCGCACACUCACCCAGCAGACCCUGGAGCUUCAGCAACUGAACGCCUGUUGCCAGAGCAGUGCAGGGCCAGCCCAAGAGGCCAGGGACCUGCUGGAGCUCCACUUGGCACAGAGAGAGGAACUGAGGUCCAGGCUGGAGGAGCUAGGCAAGGAGGUGAGGGCUGAAGCAAACCACUGCAGGAACAGGACCCAGGGCGUAGCACUGGACAUUGCCAGGGUGGACGGUAGGAUUAAGCGUUUGGAUAACGUGUGUGGUAGGCUGGACCCCAUCUCCAGCAACCUGCACCGAAUCAAAGAGGGGCUGGACAAGCACAUUACCGGCCUGUGGAAUUGUGUUAGUGGGAUUAACAUUACCCUUCAGUCCCACACCAAGGACAUCAGAGGACUGAUGGGCUCAUACCAGAAGCUCCAGUACAACGUGUCCGACAUCACCCAGGACCUCCUUGCAUUGACCUCCAGUACUCAGAACUCUGGUGUUCAUGGCGAUGUGCAGCAGUCUGGACAUCCCACUAAGACUAAGCCUGUCCCUCAGAGCCCUGUCAUGCCUGUUGGGCCCCUAGCAGAUGGGGCCCUACCACGUAUGAUAGAGACUGGAGAAGCAGGAGCCCCUGGGAUCAUGAUUUCAUCCAAACUGCCCAAGGGGGCUGAUGGCAGCAUGGGCUCCUUCAAGGGCUUUGCCGGAGCUCCAGCUUCUCCACCCUCUGCAGUGCCUCUGAUGCCUGAUAGUCCAGUCAUUUCAGGUGGAGGGGUGUCCUUCUCGGCCGGUCUCAACCUCCAGCCUAUGGCGGGCUUUAUCCGCUUCAACAAGAUGUUGGUCAACGAUGGGGGACAUUACAACCCUUACACAGGCAUCUUCACUGUCCCCACGGAAGGCCUCUAUCUUCUGAGUGCCGUGCUAACAGCCCAGAGAGGUGCGAGGGUGGAGGCGGUUCUCUCCGUGUCCAACCGCAGCAUCCAGAGGCUGGACACGGCCGGGUACCUGCCUGCUACUGGUGGAGUUGGGGCUGGAUCCACCAGCUGUGACUGCGGAGGCUCCGCCUCCCUGAGCCUGGUUCUAAGUCUGAAGCGUGGCGACAGGGCAGGCUUAGUCAUGGUUGCAGGAAAACUAGCCAUCUCGGAGAAAACAGAGUUCCUCUCAACAUUUAGUGCUGUACUUCUCUAUCCCACCCUCUCAAAAGAAAAUCCUGUGUUAUAGACAGUUAUCCCCUAAAAAACAGAACAAUGUAGCAUCACCUGUUCUAUAUUAUACAUACAUGCCUUACAGCUAUUUUAUGAAAAGUGAUUCUGAUUAUUAUGCCAUAGGGAAAAACAAAAGAUGCAUUUACUUGCUCUUGCUAGGACUUCUUUCAUUUUUUUUUUUUACAGAAAAAAAGAAAUUGAUUAUUGAAUCCUUAUGGAGGGAAUAGGGCAAGCGACUGUCAGUAUUAAUAUAUUUAGGAAUUAUAUUUUAAGUAUUUUUUUUGUUACCUGGUGGGUAAGCGUCUGCAUUGUUAGCGUGUUUAAUGUUUUUACAUUUGUUGUAGCAUUUUUAACCUUAGUAAUUUAGUUUAAAUCAUUGUUUUAUGUCAAUGUCAAUCAAUUGUAAAUAGCAUUUUUAGAGAACUACUGCUAAGCUAAUGUAUAUUUUUCAAUUUGGUAAGGGACAACCAACUUUUUUACAAAAUACAUUGCUUUGAAAGGUCUUUGCAUGUCACCACAAUCAAGUCAGUUUAUAGGACAAGUGCUUAAACAAAAUGGUUCAGUGCCUUUUCUUGGAAGAGAACCUCAAUUCUGACUUGGGGGUCAAAAAUAAAGUAUUUGUUUAAAUGUUG